AUGGCUGCCAAAAUGCUUCCCCGUCUGCUCUGCACCAUGAUAUGCGUGCCCUUUUUCUUCCUCUAUCUGGUCGACGCAGCCUUGAUUGAGGCUCGCAGGAAUCCGACCUUACUCUCGCCCCCACAGAUGUAUGGCCAGCUCAUGAAGCGCGAUACCUCGACCCCAACCAACUCUUGCUUGCCAGCCCUGGAUGCGACUUCGUGCGAUGGCCUAACGGGCUGUGCCGUAUACUGCUGCCCGGCGGACCAAGCGUGCUGCAACGCCCUCGGGUGUCGUCCCAAGGACAGCAUCGGCUGCGGAGUGGGCUAUGCCGCCGAUGGAUGGUCAUGCUGCGGCUCGGCCUGGCAGUAUCCUAAAAGCCAGGGAGCGACCUGCUGCGGCGGCUCCCAGGGCUGGUGGUGUCCGGCCGGCUUCCAGUGCAUCAAACAUCUCAUCGUGCAGUAUAGCUGCUGUACCGACGACACCUGCAAUGUCUACUGGAACGGGACGGACUCGGUCACGGUAUCUGCGAACUCGACCACGCCGUCGACUCCCACCCUUCCCUCGCCGACCACCAUCUCCACGCUGCCGGACACCGCCCCACCGUCCACAACACCGGUGACCACCCUGCCGCCGGCUACGACCAGGUCCACCAGCAGCGUCGUCGCUCCUGCGACGCCUACGACAUGCAACCCGUCGGGCCCGCAGCCGACGUUCCUCAUCCAGCAGAACAACAGCACAACCAAGGAGAACGGCACGUACGCGGUGCUGUCCAAGCCCGGCGGUGGCCGCGACAAGAUCUCCUUCUACGGCACCACGGCCAACGCGACCAAGUUCACCUUCAACAGCGCGUGCAGCCUCAUCGGGGCGGUCAGCCAGAACGUCGCCAACGUGCACCCGCCCGUCAACGCGACGGGUCCCGCCAUGACCCUGUUCUUCGACUCGCCCGCCAACAUCACCACCAUGGCCUACACGACCCCGACGUUCAAUGUGGCGAGCGGAGGUUUGUUGACGUGCAAGGUCAAUGCCGUGGCGGAGAAGUGGUUCUCCUGCGGUGGGAACCUGGCCGUCGGGGGGAGUGCCGGCACCGAUUGUGUCAAGAUCGGCCUGGCGCCGUAUUUUGUGAAGAGCUGA